AUGGCGUCCGCCUUUGGCCACUACAAUGGUGCCGGCGGCCAGAAGCGUGGCCAGUUCACAGUCACGGCGCUCGGCCGAUGGUCGAGCAUCAAUAAGGCGCUUCCUGCCGUCGACACAAUAUCCGCCCUCCACAUCUACGACUUUGACAAUACCCUCUUCAAAACCCCUCUUCCCAACAACACACUAUGGACCGGCCCUACGAUUGGCAUGCUGUCCAAGCAGGACGCGUUCAUCAACAGCGGCUGGUGGCACGAUAACCGUAUCCUUGGUGCGACGGGCCGCGGCAUCGAACAAGAGGAGCCCCGCGCCUGGGAAGGCUUCUGGAAUGAGAAAAUCGUCGACCUUGUGCGCCUCAGCAUGAAGCAGCCCGAUGCGCUGUGCGUGCUGCUCACCGGCCGCGGCGAGCAACGCUUCGCCGACCUGCUGCGCCGCAUCGCUGCCAGCAAGCACCUCGAUUUUGACAUGCUCUGCCUCAAGCCGCAGGUCGGCCCCGACCACCAGAAGUUCGCCAGCACCAUGAAGUUUAAGCAGGAGCUGCUCACCGAGAUCAUGGAGACGUACAAGCAUGCCAACGAGAUCCGCAUCUACGAAGACCGCCCAGCGCACACGCAGGGCUUUCGCGACUUUCUCGAGGAUUACAACAAAGCGCAGCGCAUCCAGCCCACACGCGGCCCCAUCCAGGCCGAAGUCGUCCAGGUCAACGACACGCAGACGGCGCUGGACCCCGUCGUCGAGGUGGCGCAGGUGCAGCGCAUGAUUAACGAGCACAACGAGGCAAUGUCCAAACAGCCCCUCCACCUGCGGCCCAAUGCGCUGCGCAUCAAAAAGACAGUCUUCUUUACAAGUUAUAUCAUUGAGCCGGAAGACUCCAAGAAGCUGCUGGAGCUGAUGCCCAUCCCGAAAAAGGCGACGUCAGGCGACGCAACCCGCUUCCACGGCAACAACAUCAUUAUUGUCCCGCGACCGUGCCCUAAGCCCAUUCUCGCCAAGGUGGGCGGCCUCGGCAACAAGCUGACCUGGCAGGUCACCGGCACCGCUUGCCACUACAACAGCAUCUGGGCGGCGUGCGUGCAGCCGGUGCCGCCUACGGCCGUCUACCACAGCGACAACAAGGUCCCGCUCGUGGUGCUGGCCCUCAAAAAGGGCGCGCGACCUGCCGACGCGGGCAAAAUAAACACUUGGUCCGCGCUGCCGCCCGAGAAGCGCUUCACCUUUACGACAACGGUCGGCGAAAAGGCCGUGCUGCGAGUCGAGGCUGACGACCCGCGGGAAGACGAGUACGAGAGCCUAUUUGCGAACAAAAUCCAGAACAACAACAACAACAACCACAACGGCAAAAAUAACGGCAGCAAUAAGCGGAAGCACAAUGGUGACGACUGGAAUCCCCCAAGACAGCCUGCUGCCGACGCGGCGGCUGCCGCGGCUAGAGGCGGCGGUGGCAGCGGCGGCGGUGGUGGUAGAGGAGGACGCGGAGGCAGAGGCGGCCAGGCAUCCGGGCGAGGACGUGGCGGCGGCGGCGGAAAGGGCAAGGGCAAGGGAAAGGGAGGCUUCGCACACUACCGCUCCCUCGACGAUGUAGGCAAAAACGCCCCCUCCGAGGUCAACUAUGACGACGCGCACCCGCCGGCCAACGCACCAACGGGUCCGCGCGGCGGCAAGAGCGGACCGGGGGGCGGCGGCGGCAACCAAGUGAAUGAUUUACAAAGCUAUUAUUGA